GUACAUUAUAUAUUUUUAGCUGAACAAAACAGUUCGUUUUGCUGCUUGAUAUUGAAAGUUGGUGUGUCGCAUCAUAUUAUUUUAAUGUAUUAUCUUAAUUAUGAACACAGUGGUUUGUAGUGCAAACAGUUUUAUCGUUUAGGCUGCUGCACGUCGUUAUUCUCCUCGUUAUUUACCUGUAGAGGCUAUUGAAUCGGAAGUCUCACCUAUAGGAUUACUUCCGCGUUGAAGAAUAAGGUAAAACACACUGAACACACACCAUCACCAGUCUGAGCCUUUAACUCAAGGUGUUUAUCUUCAGCAACAGCGGCUCUGUCUUAUUACAAACAUGGGGAGCUAUUACUCUCUGAUUUUCUCUCGUCUCUUUCCGAAAAAGCAGAUUACGUUGCUUAUGGUUGGUCUGGAUGCAGCAGGGAAAACAACAGUGCUCUACAAACUCAAACUUGGCGAAGUUGUUACAACUAUUCCAACUAUUGAUUUUAAUGUUGAAAAAGUUGAUUAUAAAAACAUCUCCUUCACUGUGUGGGAUGCUGGGGGUCAGUCCAAAAUCAGAGAUCUCUGGAAACAUUAUUAUCAGGACACUGAGGGCCUGAUCUUUGUGGUGGACAGCAGUGAUCAUGACCGGAUUGAAACAGCAGCAGAGGAACUGAAGGCGAUGCUGGCGGAGGACGAGAUGAGAGACGCAGUUCUGUUAGUUCUUGCUAACAAGCAGGAUUUACCCAAAGCCAUGCCGGUGCACGAGCUGACAGACAGACUGGGUUUACACGCACUGAGAGGACGACAGUGGUUUGUUCAGGCCACAUGUGCGGUUCAAGGGUCAGGUUUAUAUGAAGGACUGGACUGGCUCUCAGAUCAACUGUCCAGACAACCAUAAUGCUGGAACUUUACUUUUGGGGUUUUUGUGGCCCGAUACUUUAAAACUAAUACAUACUGUGAUUGAAUGUAACAGCCUCCAGCUGUUUAUUAUCUCAAAAGCAUUUUUAUUUAUUAAUAUUAAAUGAAAACGGUGCAUUUUAUAUUGUGAGGUUACUUCUGAAAACAUGUUUAGUUAUUUUUUUUUUUUAAUUAUUGUUCCAUGAACUCUGAAAGAAAAAACACUUUGAAAGACUUAUUUUAAUAUGUGUUUUGUUGUAUUUGUGCUUUGAAAGAAUAAGCUCAUGUCUGCCUGGAAGAUAUAUACAUAUAUGUGUGAUAUGUGUUUGUGUGUGUGUGUGUUUGUGUGUGUGUGUAUCUUACCUAUUCAAAUAUCUCCAAUAAAUGGUGUAUUUAUUUUUAAACAUUAGUAUGCUUAUGU